AUGCCUAAUAAUACAAAUAAUAAAACUGUAUCUCCACUCAUUAUCCAAAAGUCACGCAUACAGAGCGUGUCAAAUGAUUCAUCAGCUUUUUCAUCAGAAACCAACUCCAACGACGAUUGGAAAACUCAAAAUAAUCAUAAACAAGAGUAUUAUAAAUUAACUUUAUUUAUUCCUUUGAUAGAUAAUGUCAUUAAUGAUUUAAAAUCACGUUUAUCACAUAAAACACUUAGUUGCUUUAAUCUUUCAUACUUACUACCUGAAAAUUUUUUAAAGGAAAAUUCAACUUCAUAUUCAAUAAAUGAAUCAGACGAUAUUAUUAAAACAAUAGCAGAUGAAUUUCAGAUACUUCUUUCAAAUGAAAAAGAAGGUGUUUCUUCUUUAUUACGUUUCGAAUUUAAAUUAUGGAAACAAAAAUGGAAUCGAGAAAAAAUUGAAAAUAAUUUGAUCAAUUCCAUAUGUGUAACGAAAAUUCUGGCAAAUUGUGACGAAGAAAUAUUUCCAUUAAUUAAUCGUCUUUUAACUGUUUUUAUUACUCUUCCAAUAAGUAAUGCAAGUGCUGAGAGGACAUUUUCCACACUACGAAGACUAAAAACAUGGCUCCGGUCUACUAUGUCAGAGACAAGAUUAACUGGACUUGCUCUUUGA